GUAUUUGUAAAAUUUCGCAAACAUGUCCAGCUCCGCUUCUGAAACUGAACAUCAAUUUUCUGACAAUUCUUUUGAUCGGACAUCUUUGUCUAAAUCAAAUAUUGAUGUAGACGAAUUGAACAAAAUUAUCGAUAUCGAUCAUGUACUGGAUUUGCAUGAUAAUCUAUUGAAAAAGGACUGUGAGGUGAUCAGAAAAAUUAAAGAUCUGUAUGUUUGUGUUGAUUGGGAAGUGCCAAUCUCUCACCAUUCACUACGUUUCAACAAAUCUUCUGAAUUACAAGAUGAGAUGUCAGUUCAUGGACAAAGUUUGAAGUUGACUUGUUUCACAGAUGAAGAGGAUCAGUGCUUGAAAGGCAACUGGGAAUCUUUCAAAAAAGAGUACGGAUUUGAUGAUCCAAAAUAUUUUCUACCCGGAUAUCUUAAACCAGAUAUUUUCAGAAAUGAAGAAAAACAUAAAUUUGUUCAGUACUUGGGACAAGGUCUGCCCCAACGUACCUUGCGAAGUAUCUACGACAGGUUCUACGAAAUAUAUGCGGAAGAAUCUGUUGGGCGCUUCACUUACGUGGAAGAUCAGAUAAUUCGAGCUGUAAAAUACUCACAACAUCCCUACUUCCAGAAGCACAAGAAAUUGAAAGUUUUAUUUGAACUGCUGGGAAGGAAGAAAGUGCCUCUGAUACGACGCUACAAGUUACUCACUAAAGAUGGCGUAGUGGGUGGUCCUUCAGGUAUGGCAGCUCCCGUUAAUUGGAGCCUUGAUAGAUGCAAGAAACUUGUCAAACUCUUGAUGAAGAAAGCAGAUAUUGAUGACUCAAGGGCAGAUGUUGUCACUGCCCUUGAGUCUAUUGAGCUGGAUUGUCGUGAUUGGAAAGAAAUCGCGAAGAAGCUAGGUGUCAACUGGUAUCACGUCUGCUUUUUUUGGAAGACUCAGCUCUCACAGUUGAUUUGUGCCAGUACGUGUAUAUCGAGGAACAAAUUGCGUAGUUUUCUGAUCAUAUGGUUUCUUUCUCACGAAGAAAUAGAAAGUUUUGAUGAAAUUUACUGGAUGAAUGUGGCUGUGGAUUUGUCUGCUCCUCCAUUUAUAUGUCAAAGUGUUUUCCUUAGCAUGGUAACUACUUACGUUCCCGAGAAACUGUGGAUCAAUUUUAGAGGUAAGAAAACCGAUGUUUCUUAAUCAAUAUUUAAAGAU